AUGGUGGCUUCCGCGGAGGGUGGCGUGGCGCGGCGGUCUUGCAAUCGCGCGGUGGCUUUGGUGACUACGGUAGAUGCUGCUCUUUUUGACUCCGCGUUAAUUACCGCCGGUCUGGCGUUGGGCUGCUUGCCUUGUUGUAGUCGCCCUCGCAUUAUACGUUACGGGGACAUGUCGUCUUUAAUAAUGGACCGCUUAAACCCCGACACACACUGUGAGACACGUAAGAGGUUGCACGCUAUGCAGAUGGUGCCUGUACUUCGUGAUGAGUUUUGUAUCAUGGAUGACUCCACGCUGCGCUGCAUCUGUGCAUUUCUUGGGGUUCAAUCGAGGGAGUUGGUGCACAUUGGCUCUGUUUGUCGUCGGCUGCGCAACCUCGUCAUUGCGCUGACUCCGUCGAGCGCCACAAUAGUGCCUGAGAUGAUUCCGUUAGCUUCUCUUUCGAGUCAUGACGUUGUGGAUUCUAUUUGCUCCUUUUUUGCUCCGUACAAGCGGGGACAGUUCGUGCAGCGACUGCGGCUUGUGGACACGAAGUAUGCCUCCUCAUUGCCUGUUGGUACGGCACUGCCUUUGUGUUCUCACCAUGUUUAUCCCUCGCUUGUCAAGUCAAUGCCUUCGCUGACGUUUCUUGACCUGCGCGGCGUCCAUUGGGACUGCCACUCCCACCCACACCUGCCGCAGUACUUUUUCAGUGAUUUGCAUCUUGUUGCACCGGGGCUGCAGACGCUUAAGGUUGGUGUGGACCUUUUCUGUCAGUGGUCCCCCGGGUGGUGGCAGCGCCUCACAGCGCUGGAGCAAAUUGUGGUGGGCUCCCGGCGUGACCAGGCGGUGGUUCCGGGAAGGGAGCUUCGGCCUCCACUUGUGCUUCACGACGAGUUUUUCGACAUGUUACGUGCCCCACGCCGACCGUGGCGGGUGAAGUUGUGGUGUCCACUGCAAGAGAACAUGCUUGUCCGGCUGCUUCUGCCCAUGCAGGCAUUUCCUGAGGUGCAGGAGCUGACGGUGAACCUCUCCAACACGGACAUUCUUGAGGAGCUUAAGCGAGUUAUGGUGCGGUCGCCGCGGGAUGGUAAGUCACGCAGAGCCACGAGGGGCAUCAUGACGCACGUAGCAGACGAAACAGAUGCUCGGACAAUGUUUCCCUCCUUGCAGUCAUUGACCCUCGUGAACGUGGAGCAGUGUCCGUUGCUGCCGGUAGAACUCGUGGAGCGUUUUUUUUUCCAUGCACCGCGUUUCAAGUACUUCACUCUGGUGAACACGUCAAGAGUGCCCCCGCCCUCACCCCCGCAAAAGUUGCGGCAGCGGACCCAGUUUACUACCGCUGCGCUUGCGGGCUAG